UGAAAAAGGAGGUACCCUAGCAUAAAAGAGUUAAUAACAAUUAGACAUUCAACAGUCAAAUUUAUAAUUUCAAUCUCAUUCUUCACUGGGUGCUGUAGGGUAAUAAGUAUUUCUAAACCAAGAGCAAACUUCCUACCCAAAGAGCUCCAAACUGGUGAUAAUUAUGCUCUAAUCAAAGCAGUGCAUUCAGCACACCAGUGUUAGAAAUGGGUAAUUCCCCCAAGCCUGUCACUGUCCAGCAAAGCACUGUUUAGAGAACAAUGAAAUUGCUUUCAACUAACAGAGUUCUAAUUUAAUAAUAAUGGUAGUGUCUGGCUGUCAGUGGUCUGCUAAUGCCAUGGAGUCUGCUUCCAGACAGGAAUUGCCCACUGAUAUUAUCAGUCCUUGUAAACUGUCUUGGCUGGGAAGUCAAUCAUUAACUCUGGUCCUCAUGCCAUAAAAACAUCGUAUUGUAAGAGCAUGACUCGCUUAAGGCUCUCACCAAUCAACCAGGCACACAACAGGAAUACAGCAGCACAUAAAAGGAGCCAGAGACUCGGGAAAUCCUUCAGCUAAGGGGAGACAAGCUGCACCGAGGUUUAUCUCCAUGGAGAAAUCCACUGACAAGCCAAACAGAUGGUCAGCUCCUGGAGUAGAGCAGGCUGAGGCAGACGGUCCCGCGCCCGUGGCAGGAGGUGCUGCAGAAAUGAGCGGAACAGGAUCCGUAACACAAAACUCCAAACGCGAGAAGAGAGUGAGAUUCACUGAAGAGUGUGCUGAAGAAAUGGAGAGACCUUCAGGAACGGAGAGAGACUGUCCUGCUGCCUUUAAACCAGCAGUUUUGGAAGGAGACUCUCCAAGCUCAAGGCCACUUGCUGUGCUAAGGGACACAAACUCUCCCGAAAUGAGCACGCUGGAACUGAACCAGCAGCGCUCAGACACAGCCACCCUGGAUAUGGACUGCAUGAUCUGCUUCAACAAGUACAGCAUCUACAGAGUCCCAAAGCUCCUGGACUGCCAGCAUGCCUUCUGUGCUGUUUGCUUGAAGCUGAUCCUCAGGAAAGAGGAGAACACCUGGAUAAUCACCUGCCCUCUUUGCAGAAAAGCCACCUUCGUGUCAGAAGGGCUCAUCCGCACGCUCCAGAAUAAAGAAGACAUCCUGGAGCGCUUGGAAAACCUUGAUUCAAACCCUGAGGUGUACAUCUGUGCCAUGGGGCUGGAUGGCAAUAGCUGGACUCAGAGCAGCCAAGACAUUUUAAACACAGAGGAAAACAGCCCAGCACACACCAGCCUGGUUGUGCAGAGACUCGUGCUGCUCCUGCUGCUCGGGGUGAUCCUUGCCAUCCUCAUCCUCCCCUUUAUGUACUCAGGGAGGCUGAAAUGGGUAAUUUGUCUGCUGCUUACUUUGGGGUUGCUCAUGUCUAUGGUGCUUUGCUGCACUCCUAAAUUCCACUGCAGGUGCAAGAAGGACUCCUCCACCUCCUGUGACAAGGAGAUCCACGUUGUUACUGUUGCCUGAAACAAUUAAUCUGCGAAUCCCAGAGAUCAGGGACUGGGCCAACAGGCACGCUGGGCACACCAGUGAGUUAUGGACUUAAAAACAAUCUCUCAGAGAAUAAAUUCAACAGUUGGCUGAGCUGGCUCAAUGCCAAUGCCCAGUGUUCUUAAAUCUCAUUACUGCAAACAAAAUGAACUAUUUAUAUGGUGAUAUUUAUGUGUUUUCCACACAUUUUUUUUUAAUCCCAGAGUAGUAAUUGUGUUGUUUUGCUUUUGCCAUUUUGUUCAUGUCUGUGUCCCCUCCUGAUCAGCCCUGCAGGAUGUUACCUGGAACACCCAGGAGGUGAUGUCCUGCAAAACCCCACGGCUGCUGUUCCCACUCUCUGAACACACAGACACCUUUCCUUGGGACUGGCUGGGAAAUAAGGCUGCUAAAUCAAGGAGUGGGUGUUUGGAAGAGAGUUGUUUUAGCCCAGAUUACCACUUUAAUCCCUGGCAAGGAUGGGAAAGGGAUUGGGGAGAGAGAUGUCAGUUGAUGCCAUUUGAAGUUACACACAAAAUUGGAGAGGAAGAGGCAAAACCAACACUCCUAAUCUUGAGCCUGCAAAGGGCAAGGCUCAAAAACCUCAUGACCCUCCAAAUUCCCCACGUUAUUUAGCACAGAACUAGUUCCUCUCACCUGCAUUCAUCUGGCACCCUUCAGGACCUCCCUUCCUGCCCUUUUUAUGCUGCCCUUGGAGAUGCUCACAGAGGUAAACAGAAAUCAACUGCUGCGCCAAACCAUGUGUGAUAUUUUUAAAUGGAAUGUCUCCAUUAAAUUUAAAUAGUAUUAAUUGCUCAUUGACUUCUUUGUAUCAAUUCCUCAUGGUCAGUUAAUGUCAAAACAAUUCCUAAUUUCCUUUUUGACAGGAAUUGCAGCUGAGAAAGUGUAUUAGGGGGUCUGGAGAGCUGAGCUGGUGAGUAAAGCAAAGCAGUAAUGUGUUGGAGUGUUCCUUCAUUUAAAAAAAAUACCUAGUUGCUAAGAAAAUUCCCUUAA